GCCCUCGGGAGAGCUGGUUUUUCUCGUCCCUGCUGCCUGAGUCACGGGAGCUUGUGCGCCCCAGCUACCCACCCUGUCCCCCCCCCGCGCCCGGCCUGCGAUGAGGCAGCUGCGUGGAGGGAGAUCCAGGCUCCCCGCGGCCGGCCCAGGAGAAUCCAGCUGCUGCUGCUGCUGCUGAGCCACGCGGGAGACCCAGAGGGGCGUGGGCACUGUGCGUGCGCGCCUGCGGGGGCGGGCAGAGAGGGGCUGACGUGUUCAUCGAGCCUUAACCGAGGUGCCACCAUGGCCUCCCAGACGCACCCCCUGCAUUCCUCACCUCCCUGCCCUACCUCCAAUGGCGGCAUGGGGGCCAGAAGUGGGCAGCCGGCGGGCAGCCCCAAGACAGGUGACACUCGCCUGAAGCCGCCGGUCGGGCCCAAACCCCGCACGCUGCCCAAGCCAGCUGUACCAGCCAAGCCUUGCACCCCGCCGCCAUCCCCUGGGUCGCGGCCCCCCCGCCUUGAGUUCCCCUCUGCCGAGAAGAUCAACCUGCUGGCAGGUCCCAAGCCGUACGGGGGCAGCAGCACCGCCCUUAAACGCCUGUCCUUCAGCCUCAAGAGCCCCCCGGCGGAGACCUCCAUUGUGAAGGGGGCACCGCCACCCGCAGCCAGAGCCCUGCCCUUUACUACAGAAGAGAGAUCGCUGGCUCCUGUGACGCCUCCUGCUGGGGGGCCCCUAGGAGUUCUCAAGGGCGCUGCCCUGUUCAAAGUGAAGCCGGUGCCGGUGGUGGCCAAGCCGGAGCGCUUCCCUGGAACAACGGUGGAAGAGAUCUUGGCCAAGAUGGAGCACCCCCGCAAAGAGGGGCCGGGCAGUCCCGACCUGGCCUGGGGCUGGCGCUCAACCUUCAGCCCUGACAGCAGCUCCCGCUUUGGCCUCAAAAGUUAUGCUGCCUUCUGGAGACACCCUAGUGUCGAGGGAGGGGAAGGUGACACUGUCACCCCUGGCUUUGAGGCCUCCUGGGAAUCUGGGUCCCCGGAAGCUCAAGAGAGCAGAGCAUCCUGUGGGGACAAGCCGGUCGCUGGCAGGACGAAGAGAGAAGGAAGCCCAAGUCCCAUUGGAGAACGCCCGCCAGAGCCCCCAGACGGAGAAGCAGAGAGAGACCCUGGCACAGCCUCCAGGAACAGUGGCUCCUCCCCGGCCAGCACCAACUGCGACGGGGACCAGUCCGGACACAGGAAGCCGCCAUCCCCCCCUGGUUUCUCCUUGGCCUGGACCUGCCCCAUCCCUGUGGCUCCUGCUGAGCUCUCCCUCGGGGCAGCCCCUGGCACCUCUGCUGGCCUUGCCCAGGCCCCAGGAUCCCCCAUCCUUCCUGCCGAGCAUCCUGUCUCAGCCCCGGGGUCCCCCGCUGUGCCCGUUGAGCUCCCUGCACUUGGUUCUACCCCUACCCACACUGAGCUCCCCUCCAAGGUCGGGCCCUGCUUCCCAGGCACCCCAGAGUCUCUGGCUAAGAUCCCCAUAGGACUACUCCCGGCCCCUGGUGCCCCAGACGCUCCAGCUGAGCCCUGCUGCAGAAUCUCCCUCUCCCUGGGGUCUCUGGAGGUUCCUGGUGAGGGGUCCCCACCUCCGUCCAGCCUCCCUGAAGGCCUGGCACCAGGCACUCCGGAUGCCUCCACAGAGCUCCCUCAUAGCCUCACUGCAGUGCGGGCCCUGUCACCAGGCCCCCCUGAUGCCCCUGCCAGGCUGUCCCCUAGCCCCCCUGCAGAGCAGCCCCUGGUACCAGGCCCCACUGAUGCCCCUGUCAGGCUCCCCCACAGCCCCCCUGCAGGGCAGGCCAUGGCACCAGACUCCCCUGAUACCCCUGCCAGGUUCCCCCACAGCCCAACUGAAGAGUGGGCCCUAGCACCAGGCGCCCAUGAUGCCCCCACAGAGCUCACCCACAGCCCCCUUGCAGGGCAGGCCCUUGCACCAGGCCCCCCCGAUGUCCCUCCUGAGCUGCCUGCCAGAAUCACUCUCUCCCCAGGGGCCCCUGAAGUGCCUGUUCCAUCCCCAGAGACCCCCAAUCUAUGUCCUAAGCUCCCCACCAAAGUGUCUCGAUCUCCGGGGUCCCCUGAUGGAGCUCCUGAGUCCCUGGUGUCUCCAUGCAGCCCCCCAUCUCCUGAGCGGGGCUCCCCUUCACCCCUCAGCGAUGCGGAGCCAUGUGCGGGGCCUGCGCCAGCGGAUGAGAGCCUCCGGUGCCCACAGCUGGGGCCACGGCGCUCCUCAGACGGGGUGGUGCAGCUGCCAGACAAGGGGCUAGGAAUGGGAGUGCUGGGAGGCUCCCUGGCUGCCCUGCCUCGGGGAGGGCCCCCCCACUCCGGGCCACCCCUGGAGGGUGAGUCCAACUGGGCCCUGUCGCAGUCGUUCGAGUGGGCGUUCCCAUCCCGGACUGCAGAGUGGGAGCCCCCCAGGUCCCCCAUCAGAGAGGCGGAUGACUCCGGCCUCUCUGAGCAGGGAGACUCAGAUGGGGAGGGCCUGGCCUCCACCCCCAAAGGGUCUGAGGAAAGGAGCAGCUCAGAGAGGUUGGAUUGGCAGGACGCCAAGGCUGCUGAGAGUUCUGCCCACCUAGAUGGUGCCACGGGGGCUCCAUGUGAUCAGGGAGCAACAGAGGUGGGAGGUCUGGAGGCCACAUGUCUUGGAGGCCCUGUAGCAGAAACGGAGCCGGCUGUGGCUGAGCUGAAGGGCCCUGCAGUGGUGGAUGAGGCGGGCACUAUCUGGGAGGAACAGGGCAGGCCACUGCUGGGUGCCCCCCUGCGGCCGACUGAGCCGAAGCUGGGCCAGGAAAGAGCCGCCCCCAUCUUGUUGUCUGACACUCCCCGGCCAGCUGGUGCCAACCGAUGCCAGGAGGACAACUUGAUGCUGGGCCUGGCGCCGGUGAGGAGCUGCCAGGAUGGCCCGAGGCCGGGCGAGGAGGGUUCUGAGCCGCAUCCCAAUGCGCGCUGGCUGGAUGAGCUGCUGGCAUCGCCCCCGCCCAGUGCUGAUGAGACCAAGAGAAAGGGCACGCCUGAGCCCAGCGACCCUGCAGGGCCAGAGGAUCUCCUCGGCUGGUCGCGAAAGGAUCUGUGCAGUGAGUUCGGCAUCAGAGGGGCCCACCGGGCUGGUGAGUUUGGCUGGGCCACUGAGACCUGCACGGGGAAGACCGACUGGCCCGGCAGUUACAGAGCCAGUGAGACGGAGCAGGAUCGGGAGUUUGGCACCGGCACACAGGACUGGAGCAGCACAUACAAAGAGACGGAGCUGCUGGGUGAUUCCAGUGUGGGCCACGGAAACUGGCCCGAUGCCUACGGCAUUGGGGACAGCUGCCGGAAGGAAGGGGAGUUCAGCCCCGGCAAGCCAGACUGGAGCAGCCAAUACAACACUGGUGGUGCUGACAGCCAGGGUGGGGAGUUCAGUACCAGGAAACUGGACUGGACCAGCACCUACAGCAUUGGGGAUGGCGCCCAGCAGGACAACAUGUUCAGUACCAGCAAGCCGGACUGGACUCCUGAGUACAGUGUCGGAAAUACAGCCCGGCAGGAUAGAGACUUCGGUACCCUGAAGCCAGACUUGGCUUGUGAGCCUGGUGUCAGUGAUGCAGCCCUGCAGGAUAGAGAGUUCGGUACCGGCAAGCCAGACUGGACCCAUGAGCACAAUGUCGGUGAUACUGACCAACAAGAUAGAGAGUUCGGUACCGGCAAGCCAGACUGGACCCGCCAGCCUGGUGUCGGUGAUACAGCCUGGCAGGAUAGAGAGUUCAGCUCCAGCGAGCCAGACUGGACCUAUGAUCGUGGUGGUGAUACAGACCAGGCAGAUAGAGAGUUCGGUACCAGCAGGCCAGACUGGAUCAACAUGUAUGGUGCUGAUACUGACCAACAGGAUAGAGAGUUGGGUACCAGGAAGCCAGGCUGGACCCUCAAGCAUGGUGUCGGAGAUACAGACCAAAAGGAUAGAGAGUUGGGUACCAGCAAGCUAGACUGGACCCGUGAGUACGGUAUCAGUGAUACUGACCAUCAGGGUAAGGAGUUUGGUGCUGGGAAGCCAGCCUGGACCCAGGACUGCAGUGUCAAGACCAAUGGGCAGAGUAGAGAGUGGACCUGCGAAUAUGGUGUUGGCAAUACCACCCAGCAGGACAAGCCAGAUUGGACCUGCGAGUUCAGGGUUGGUGAUGGUGCCCAGCAGGACAGAGCUUUCAGCCCUGACAAGCCAGCUUGGCUUGGUGAAUAUGGCAUUCACCAUACAGACCGGGAGAGUGCCUUUGGCUCUGGUGUUGGAGACUUUGACAGCACGGCCCAAGAGCCUGGUGCCAGGAAGCCUGGGUGGAGUGGCACCGACUGGCAGGAGAGCAAGUUCCCCUUCGCUAGGAGGGAUUGUGCCAGUGAUUUCAGGAUCAGAGGAGCUGAGCACGAAAGCCAAUUUGGCGUCAUUGGGACUGAACGGGCGGGUGGCUUUGGCUUGAGCACUUUGGAUCCAUCUGGUGCCGUUGGGACCCUGGGCCCAGCAGAGCUUGGAGAGAGACGGACUGACUGGGCUGGCUAUACCAGGACUGUGAACGUGGAUGAGCCGAGAGAGGCUGGUGUGGGGCAGUCUGACUGGACCCAAGAGCUAGGCCUCAGUGGCACAGACCCCUCUGUCAGCCUGGGAGCAAUCAGUCCUGAGGAGCCCAGCGGGGGAUGGAUGGACUGGACAAACGAACUGCGAGUGAACAGCAUGGAUCCCUCCAGCAGUCGGGCGCUGAGGGGCUCCGAUACAUCCAGAGAGCCUGGCGUGGGGCAGCUGGAUGGAGCCAGUGACCUUGGCCCGGGAGGCCCGGCCACAGCCAGUGGCUUCGAGAGCAUGGGCCAGGCAGAGACCAGAGUGAGACAGACUGACUGGAGCCGUGAGCUUGGCUCUGGGGAUGAGGGCUCCACUGAGACCAGGGAGGCUGGAGCAGGGCAGAUGGACUGGGCCAGCGAGGUCGGGAUCGUACAUGAGAAACAAACCUAUGCCACAGCCAUGGCUGGCUUGGAGCUGCAUGGAGACAGUAGUGGCUCCGACAGCCCCCGGCUCUCCAGCCCGAGCUCCCUGCUGGAAGAGGUGUUGGUCAAGGCAGCAGCCCAGCGCAAGAGCACUGGAGAGGAGAGGGGGCCACCUCCUGCACCCAACGCCCACACCCCACCCUCGCCGCAGGAGGAGGAUGGUGGGUCCCGGCCCGAGGGGGAUGGUGCGCCCAGCCCAUCGGAUGCCAUGGAUGGGGGCUGGCUGCCGACAGAGGCGAGGAGGCUGAGCCAGCCAGGGCGCCACGUGAGCGAGCCCUCCCCACCAGGCGAGGACUUCGCCUUCCUGGAGGACAUGGAAGUUCUUGACAGCGCCAUCUACCGGAGCAGAGCCAACCUGGGCCGCAAGCGAGGUCAUCGGGCGCCGGCCAUGCGGCCCGCAGGCAGCCUGGGGCUGUCUGAGGUGGAGGCGGCCGACUGGAUGUUCCGGGACUCCACAGAGCCCAGAACAGUGCGCUGGGCGUCCUCAGAUGAGGAGGUGGCGGAGGAGCCCCAGAGCAGGCAGGCACGGCCUUCGCCGGCGGCCAAGGGGAUGAAGGUGCCACUCUUCCCGGGGCUGAACCCCUCAGCUCUCAAGGUCAGAUGCUGCCUCGCCCCACUGGCUGCAAGUGCUGAAGCUGAAAAAGAAGAAAUCCUGAUGGCCCCGUUCAGGCAUUUCUCUCCUGCUGCUGGGGCUGGGACAGCUGACUCUCCAAAGAGGCUCGUCGGGGUGGAAGGGACGGCGCAGUGACUGGAGACCCCCCCUGCCUGCCCACCACUGUGCACAGGGCAGUUUGGUGGUGGGACUGGGGGCAGGGGAGGCACAUCUAUGCACUUUGUAUCACACUCGCUCCCCGAGCUGCAGGGUCCCUCUGUCCCUGCCCCCACGAGCUGGCUGCUUCCUUCGCUCUCUCCUUUAUACCAUGUAUCUAGUCUAAAGCCUCUAUUAUUUUGUAAUCGGUGACAGGGCCUGGCCCUGACCCUUCCCCCUUUCCUACUGAGCUGGGGGCGGGGGGAGCCCUGGGGCCAGGGCGUUCGCUCGCUCUCUGCUGCUAUCCUACACUUUCCCGGCCAAGAGCAAUGGAUUAUUUUUUCUAUGCCACUUGAUGAGACAAUAAACGAUUUCAGGUAA